GAUCCCUUGGAUCCGACCAGAACAGCCAUUGUGAUCAGCUCUUUGGUGGCAGGUGGCGUAGCUGAACGUGGGGGCGAGCUUUUACCGGGUGACCGCUUGGUGUUUGUUAACGAGAAGUCUUUGGACAGCGCCACUUUGGCAGAGGCAGUGGAAGUGCUGAAAUCUGUGCCCCCAGGUACAGUUUCUCUUGGAAUCUGCAAGCCCUUAGUGGGAGAAAGCAAAGAGGAGGAGAACAUGCACUGUGUGGAAACCAGCAACAUGAAAACCAGUCCUGUGUCUCCAGAACCAAUAGAUAAUUUCUCAGUAAUACUUGAAGCACCUCAGGGUUUCAGAGAUGAAACACCUUUUAAAGAAGAACUUGUUGAUGAACCGAGCUUGGACUUAGGAAGGUCGUUUCAGCUUUCUCAAAAUGACGAUGAGUAUGGCAAGGAGGCCUGGGAGAUGAGUGAGUUUCUGAAACCCAGAACAGAAGAAACGGAUGAAGAACGGAAGAUGUUGGUGGAUGAUGAUGAGUAUGAAGCAGAUUCUGACUUCUUGAAAUACAACACAUCACAUGGACAGAACGCAACUUCUGAGAGGAACUUCAGUACAGAAAGAUGGGCAAAGCAACUUGAGACUACUGAAAUACAAGACUUAGCAUCCAGCAUUAGUUUAAGUCCACAGCAGUCCCUGGAAUACCCACCCAGUAAAGACGAAAUGUGUGAAGAAAAUGCUAGUAUAAAUUCCCUGUCUUCUGGAACCACAGCACACAGUGGCUACCAAAAAGACACAUUUGAUACUGAAGCUACCCAGUCAGGAGCAAAAACCAAGAUGGAUUUAGGUACAAGGCUUUGGGUUGACCCUGAAGGACCCGGGCUUGCUGUUGAUCUGGAAGCUGUUGAAAAGGAGGAACUGAAAGGAGAGGAUUAUGUGUUUCCCAAGAAGCAGGAAUGUGGGAGAGUUACCACUUCAGCUCAGUCUAGAAUAGACUUGUACAGUGAAUUACCUGAGAGAGAAGAAGGAGAAGGAGAAGAAACUCCAAACUUCAGCCACUGGGGACCACCACGGACUGUUGAGAUCUUCAGAGACCCUAACGUGUCUCUUGGAAUCAGCAUUGUUGGGGGACAAACUGUCAUAAAGCGCCUGAAGAAUGGAGAAGAACUUAAAGGGAUCUUUAUCAAACAAGUUUUGGAAGACAGCCCAGCAGGAAGAACAAGGGCUUUAAAAACUGGAGAUAAAAUACUCGAGGUUUCUGGGAGAGAUUUACAAAAUGCCACACAUGAGGAAGCAGUAGAAGCUAUCAAGAAUGCAGGAAAUCCUGUCGUGUUUGUAGUUCAGGCUUUGUCUAGCAUACCAAAAGUGGUUCCUGCUGUACAGCCUAAGGGAAUCAAAGUCAGCAAAGAUCAGGAUGCAGACAAAGAAAAUAAGAGUGAAAAGAGGAAAUCUGGGGCACCACCUCCAAUGAAACUGCCACCUCCUUACAGAGCACUUGAAAGACUGCACGCAGAGGAGGCCAGCGUGGAUGAAGAGGAGGAUGAGGAUUCUUGUACAGAGAAAAAAAUCAGACAAAGAUAUGCAGAUUUACCAGGAGAGCUGCAGAUUAUUGAGCUGGAGAAGGACAAAAAUGGACUGGGACUGAGUCUGGCUGGCAACAAGGACCGCUCUCGUAUGAGCAUCUUUGUGGUUGGUAUCAACCCAGAUGGACCUGCAGGUCGAGAUGGAAGGAUGCAUAUUGGCGAUGAGCUUCUCGAGAUAAACAAUCAGAUAUUGUAUGGAAGAAGUCAUCAGAAUGCUUCUGCAAUCAUUAAGACUGCCCCAUCAAAGGUCAAGCUGGUUUUCAUACGAAGUGAAGAUGCAGUCAAUCAGAUGGCUGUUACUCCUUUCCCAUUACCUUCCAGUUCCCACUCUUCUACUGAGGAUCAUGGUGGCACUGAGCCUGCAAGUGGUGAAGAAGACCCAAGUUUGGAAGUCGUCAUGAAAAGCUUGACUGAUGAGGAAUCCAGCAAAGCUGAUGUGAAGUGUAAAGCUGACAAAGCGGUGGUGCCAGAUCACAAGGAGCAGCUCCCAGAAAAUGUCCUCAACCAGAUCAAGCAAUCCAAAUCUUCAGCAAAAGCACCAGUCACCUCACAGGAGAUACCCCUGGUGCCACCACCUACUUACCUUUCUCCAGAGGCAGAAGUCACCAGCCGCAAUGUCUUUCCACCUCCAUUGCCUGUGGAUCCAGCAACAUGUCCUAUAGUUCCAGGGCAGGAGAUGACUAUAGAGAUAUCUAAGGGACGCUCAGGCCUAGGACUCAGCAUCGUCGGAGGGAAGGACACUCCACUGGACGCCAUCGUGAUCCAUGAAGUUUAUGAAGAAGGGGCGGCAGCCCGAGAUGGCAGACUUUGGGCUGGAGAUCAAAUUCUGGAGGUGAACGGGAUCGAUCUGCGGAGCGCCAGCCAUGAAGAAGCUAUCACUGCGCUGAGACAGACGCCCCAGAAGGUGCAGUUGGUUGUUUAUAGAGAUGACGCGCAUUACAAAGAUGAAGAAAACCUGGAGAUUUUCUGUGUAGAUAUUCAAAAGAAAAUGGGCCGAGGACUUGGGCUCAGCAUAGCUGGGAAACGAAAUGGCAGUGGAGUGUUUAUCUCUGACAUUGUUAAAGGAGGAGCUGCAGACCUUGAUGGAAGAUUAAUUCAAGGAGAUCAGAUUUUGUCUGUAAACGGGGAGGAUAUGAGAAAUGCCUCACAAGAGACUGUUGCCACUAUACUUAAGUGUGCCCAAGGCCUAGUGCAUCUUGAGCUUGGGAGAUUGCGAGCUGGAUCAUGGCUGUCGUCACGGAAAACAUCCCAAAACAGUCAGGCGAGCCAACAGAGUGCCCAUAGCCACUUCCACCCUGCGCUCGCUCCGGUCCUCUCUACCUUGCAGAACUUUGUCAGCACAAAAAGGUCUUCAGCAGAUGUGUCUCAGAGAAACUCAGGAGCAGAUACGGGCCCGCGGACUGUGGAGAUAAUGAGGGGACCAAAUGAUGCACUUGGUAUCAGUAUAGCAGGAGGGAAGGGAAGUCCGUUAGGAGAUAUUCCCAUCUUCAUCGCUAUGAUUCAAGCCAGCGGUGUGGCUGCACGUACCCAAAGACUCAGAGUUGGAGAUCGGAUUGUCAGUAUUAAUGGGCAACCUUUGGAUGGGCUGUCUCAUGCAGAUGCGGUUAAUCUACUAAAGAAUGCUUAUGGGAGCAUUAUCCUGCAGGUUGUGGCCGAUACCAACAUCAGCGCUAUCGCUACCCAGCUGGAGAGCAUGUCUGCAGGAUGCAACCUUAACUCCUCUUCUGAGCAUCCUUCUGAAGACCCCGAGGAGCAGCUUCGGACGAUGGCAGACUGAAGCGCGGCGAUCAGAUUUUAGCAGUUAAUGGGGAAGCUUUGGAAGGUGUUACUCACGAGCAAGCUGUGGCCAUUCUGAAGCGCCA